AUGACCCGCCUUCUCCUCCCCAUCCUCCUCGCCUCAACGGCAACAGCCCACUUCUCCCUCUCCGUCCCCAAACCCAUCGGAGACAGCGAUGAGAAGCAAGGCACCGCUCCCUGCGGUGGCUACACCGCGUCUUCGUCCUCCGCCACCACCGACUUCCACGUCUCCGGUGACGCGGUGGGCAUGGAGAACGGCCACCCGCAGACCAACUGGCUCUUCCGCGCCACUCUCGACCAGACCGCCGGCGGCAACUGGACUCAAGUCUUCCCCAUCGUCAUGCAAACCGGCCUCGGCAACUUUUGCGAGCCUCAGAUCGCCGUGCCUGCCGAGUAUGCUGGCAAGAAGGGUGUCAUUGGCGUUGUUGCACACUCGCCCGAUGGACUGCUGUACUCUUGCGCCGCAGUAAACUUCGUAACCGGCGCCGCCCCCACCCGUUCUGAAUGCAAAAACGCCUCCAUCACAGUCGACUACUACAGCGACCCCAGCCUCGAGGCCCUCGUCAAAGCCGGCGCGGGCAGCAGCAGCAGCGCGCCAGCCAGCUCAUCCUCGCCGUCCGGAAGCGCCGCCGCGUCGAGCACGCCCAACGCCGCCCCAGGCAUGACUUCCGGUCUGCUUACCGUCGGCACGAUGGGCAGUGUCCUGGUUUCCUUGGCUGCUGCCGUCGGCGGCGCCGCCUUGUUCUUUUAA